UUGGGUUGGAAAGAGGAGGAGAGUGCAGAGCAAGGAAGAAAUAACCAGACCAUGCCAGCCUCUGCCGGGGAGCCUGUCCUGCGCAGCAUGCUGGCUUGGGCGCUGCUGCUCUCCCUCCGCGCAGCAGACGCUGCCAUGGGAAACCGCAUCUUCACGGGGCCUGCUCUCAGGCUGACCACCUCUCCAAAGCCAGCUGUGAUCCAGAUUGGCGGACAGACCUUCACGCGAUUUGACCGCGGAAUGACGUGGCUGGCGGCCCUGCAGUACUGCCGCAGUCACCAGACGGACCUGGCCGACCUGCAGACGGUGAUUGACGAGGCAGACAGGGAGGCCUUGAAGUCCAUCACGAGUGACACUGAGGCCUGGAUUGGCCUCUACUUCAAUGCGGCCUCUCGGUCUCUGAGCUGGUCCAGUGACUUGGGUGCCAGCAUCCCCCACUGGCUGCAGGUGCCCGAGUUCUGGCCGGGACUGUGUGCGGGACUUCGCAUCUUUGCGCGCUACGCCCCCAGAGUUUCUUCAGAUGUCUGCUCUGCCCUGAAGCCCUUCAUCUGCUUCUACAACGCCUCCACUGGACACCGGGAGUCGGCAGCGCUCCCCCAGCUGUUCUACGCUCCCUCUUCAGACGUGACAGCAGGGACAACGCCCAGUCCAAGGACCGGCUCCGGCCCCGGCACGCGCGCCCCCCGCGCCUCCGUGUCCGCGGGCCCCGGGGAAGGGCCGCAGGGCCCGCCGGGGAUCGGCCCGAGCGCGACCUCCGGCCCCGCGCCCCCGUGGGGGGUCUCGGGCCCCCAGGAAGUGAGCGGAACCGCUCUGGCCUCCGCUUCGAGCCCUGCUGCUGUCCCUGCGUCCCCGGAGCACCUCGUCACCGAGGGCCGGCCCGUUUCUUCGCGGGAGGCCACCGCGGGCCCCUCCCCCGACUCCACCGGCGGCGCCUCCAGUACCCCCGGGCAGGCGGCGCCCCCGGGCUCGGCCACGCCCAGCUGGUGCCGCGGCUCCGGGACUCAGGGAAGCGUUCUGGGGACAGAAGGAAGCCCCUGGGGGCCUUCCGGCCCAGGGAGCCCGACGGCGCCCCAGAGAAGCACCGCGCGCCCUGAGUGGGCGACCCCGAGCCAGGCCACAAGCCCGGAGAGCCCUGGGAACCGGCCCGGCCCUCAAACAGCAAAUGGCACUGAUAUGAGAGAUGCAGCUACUGCCACUCAGGCGCAACAUCUGAGCUCGUCUAACAACCCAGAUUCUAAAGAAAAAACUCCAGCAUCAGAAUCAGGGCAGCUCUUUGGAAUCCUGAAAGCAGAUUUUACCAUCCCAGCUCAGAUGGACCCAGAAGACAUGAAAGACAAAUUUUUGAGCGAGAUCCAAGAAGUCUUAAAGCUUAUGUUAGGUCGUGAAAAAUUCAGAUUGAAAUGGAUCAGCUUUGAAGUAAACAAAAAAUAGCACACAUCUACUGAUCUGGAGUCUCCUUGUACAAUCUUCUCUGGAUUUUAAGUGA